UGUAUUGUAUAAUUGUAGAUUCACCUUAAAUCCCAAUAUUUUAAUCCUACUUAUUACCAGAUUUUCGAUGAUGUUAUGAUUUGAUUACUCAUUCAGUACAUUAUUAGCGAUUCAAUAUUGAUUUGUUUGUUUUUCUUUCCCCUUCAGUUUGUUUGGGCAAAUGAGCCGCACUUCUUGUACUUGGUAUCCUCUCUCUCAAUCAUUAAUGGCUCAAUUUUAGUUUUCACUUUCUUCUGCACUCGAUUGAAAUGGAAUGACCCAAAUUACUGCAGAAGAAGCUUAAUCUGCUUCCAUUUUUUUCAACUGCUUGUUGUUCUUUUGGUUUCCCCCUUUUGUUGUCACGACGAACUUUGGAGUGGGGAAACUCGGAUCCAGAUGCGUUUUAACGGAAUCGCCCUGAUUUAGAGUAUUGGGUUGCUUCUCGAACUUCACAUUGCGAUCCGGUUUCUUCAGAGACAAAGUGGGGAAGAGGAGGAUGAAGUUCAAUUGGAAGCUACCGUUUCCUUUCAAACGCAACCAUUUGUUCAUUCUGAAGCUCGUUCUUCCUAUUCUCUUAAUGGGUAUUGCCUUUCGUUUCCUGUUCAUCAGCUCCAAUGAUAUGCCGACGAUUCUAGAAACCCCUUUAACGGAGAAGACAGCGGCGCCCACGAUUUUGGAAAUCCCUUCAACUAAGAAGAGUGACAUUCCUGGGAUUUUGGGAACUCCUUUAUCUGAGAAGACCGAGGAUUUGCGGACGAACGUGCCACAGGAAGCUCCGAAGAAUGAAGAUCCGAAACCACUUGAAGGGAAGUGUAAUCUCUUUGUUGGAGAGUGGAUCCCAAAUUCAUCAGGUCCUAUGUACAAUAAUGAGAGCUGCCCUCAUAUUGAAUCCCAUCAAAAUUGUAUGAAGAAUGGGCGGCCGGAUACAGAAUAUCUAUACUGGAGAUGGAAGCCACAGGAUUGCGAACUACCGAAGUUUGAUCCUCAAAGAUUUCUUGUGAUGAUGAGGGACAAAACAUGGGCGUUGAUCGGAGAUUCGAUAUCUCGGAACCAUGUUCAAUCACUGCUGUGCAUGCUUUCAACGGUGGAAGUAGCUGUCCAUAUCUACCAUGAUGAAGGAUACAAGAACAGAAAAUGGAGGUUUCCAUCAUAUAAUUUCACUAUUUCAGUUAUUUGGUCACCUUUCCUUGCAGAAGCUGCUAUAUUCGAAGAUUUUAAUGGUGUUUCAACAUCUGAAGUUGAGCUUCAUCUCGACAAGCUCGAUAAGAAAUGGACAGAUGUGUUCCACCAACUAGACUACAUGAUAAUUUCUAGUGGUAAAUGGUUUGUGAAAUCUGCAAUCUACUAUGAAAACAAUAAAGUGCUGGGUUGCCAUUCUUGCCCAAAAAGAAAUUUUACAGAGCUAGGAAUUGAAUUCGCCUAUCGCAGAUCGUUCCGGUCUGCAUUAAAGUUUAUCUUAACAUCGAAUCACAAGGGCAUGAUAUUUAUGAGAACAUCAACGCCUGACCACUUUGAGAAUGGGGAAUGGUCCAAUGGAGGAACUUGCGACAGAAGGGCACCAAUUAAAGAAGGUGAGAUUGAAUUGAAAGAACUGACCAAGAUUCUGCGCAACGUUGAGUUGGAGGAGCUCAAAAAGGCAGAAGAAAAAGCGUCUCAAAACGGGUUGAAUCUGAAGCUUCUUGACCUGACCCAACUUUCAUUGUUGAGGCCUGAUGGGCAUCCAGGUCCAUACAGAGAGUUCCAACCAUUUGCACAUGACAAAAAUGCCAAAGUACAGAGAGAUUGCUUGCACUGGUGCUUACCCGGUCCGAUCGAUUCGUGGAACGAUGUGAUUAUGGAGAUGGUGCUAAAUGGAUAGAAACUUCACCAAUGUCGAGCACAAGAUUUUGCUACAAAAAAGGUACACUCUUGAUUUCUCUCAUUGUUGGUAAAAUACCGUUCGGGCCAUCUUCUGCAGUUGAUUAUUGGAUCAUUCAUAGAUGCAAAAGAAUGGAACAUUUCUUUAGGGUGUUCAUAUCUACCUGUAUUAAACACAGCCAUUUCUAUUGAGUUAAUUAGUUAUUUUAUUCUACCUAUGCAACAUAUAGAGCAUAUUUCUUGUCCUUAGUUUGAGAAUUCAAAAGGGAAUGAGAUCCAGCUGUUGCUUCUAUUUCUUAUGAUCGAA